UCGUUCGGCUCCCCAAGAAAAGAAGUCCAUUGGCAAAAGCACGUCAUAAACGGAGGUGAAAUGGAGUUUUGUGUAAACCAAGCAUGCUGAAAACUGAAAUUGAAAGCCAAGGAAAAUGGGAUUCAUGCGCUCUCGCUCUCCAUGAUUGAAGCAACACUCUCAACACUCAAAGCCGAAGGCUCUCAGUUCCGAUCCACAUUUGCAUUCUACGAUGGACGACGCAUAUGCCAGAUCUAUUCCUGAGGUACUCGAUUUCUUUGGAGUGGACCCAACAAAAGGUCUUUCUGAUGGUCAGGUGGCACAGCAUGCCAGACUUUAUGGUAUAAACGUGCUGCCGGAAGAAAGAAGGGCUCCUUUUUGGAAAUUGGUCUUGAAACAAUUUGAUGAUUUGCUUGUGAAGAUAUUAAUAGCAGCUGCACUUAUCUCUUUCAUUCUGGCUUUAAUCAAUGGAGAAACGGGCUUAAUGGCAUUUCUGGAGCCUUCUGUUAUUCUAAUGAUAUUGGCUGCAAAUGCAGCAGUUGGGGUGAUUACAGAAACAAAUGCUGAAAAGGCUCUUGAGGAGCUACGGGCCUAUCAAGCUGAUGUUGCAACUGUACUUCGAAAUGGUUGUUUUUCCAUACUUCCAGCAACUGAAAUUGUUCCUGGCGAUAUUGUGGAAGUUUCUGUUGGGUGCAAAAUUCCUGCUGAUAUGAGGAUGAUUGAGAUGCUGAGUAAUGAAGUACGUGUUGAUCAGGCUAUUCUUACAGGUGAGAGCAACUCUGUGGAAAAAGAGCUUGAAACUACCACAGCAACAAAUGCUGUAUAUCAAGACAAAACAAACAUAUUGUUCUCGGGAACAGUUGUGGUUGCUGGUAGGGCAAGAGCAAUUGUGGUGGGAGUUGGUCAUAACACUGCCAUGGGCAGCAUACGUGAUUCAAUGUUGCAAACAGAAGAUGAGGUGACACCAUUGAAGAAGAAGCUGGAUGAGUUUGGUACCUUUUUGGCCAAGGUUAUUGCAGGGAUUUGCAUAUUGGUGUGGGUUGUAAAUAUCGGACACUUUCGUGACCCUUCUCAUGGGGGUUUCUUGCAGGGUGCUAUUCAUUAUUUUAAGGUUUAUUGCUGUGCUCUGGCAGUUGCGGCAAUUCCAGAAGGGCUCCCUGCUGUUGUUACAACCUGUCUAGCUCUUGGAACAAAGCGGAUGGCUAGGUUAAAUGCUAUUGUGCGGUCUUUACCUUCUGUGGAGACAUUGGGCUGCACUACUGUAAUUUGCAGCGACAAAACUGGAACUUUGACAACCAAUAUGAUGUCUGUGACAAAGAUAUGUGUGGUUCGCUCCGCAAAACAUAGUCCUGUUGUUACUGAAUACAAUGUUAGCGGAACAACAUAUGCACCUGAAGGCAUGAUCUUUGACAGUUCGGGAACACAGCUUGAUGUUUCGGCUCGAUUGCCAUGUCUUCUUCACACAGCAAUGUGUUCUGCACUUUGCAAUGAGUCCACCCUGCAGUAUAACCAUGACAAAGGAAAGUAUGAAAAAAUUGGAGAGUCAACAGAAGUGGCACUUCGUGUCCUGGCGGAGAAAGUUGGUCUCCCUGGUUUUGAUUCUAUGCCAUCAGCCUUGAACAUGUUGAGCAAGCAUGAGCGGGCAUCUUACUGUAAUCAUUAUUGGGAGGAACAAUUUAGAAAGAUAGAUCUGUUGGAUUUUUCUCGGGAUCGGAAAAUGAUGAGUGUCCUUUGCAACCGAAAUCAGCUUCAUGUGUUGUUCUCCAAGGGUGCUCCAGAGAGUAUCAUGUCUAGAUGUACAACCGUCAUGUGCAAUGACGAUGGCUCCCUUGUGCCACUUACUGCUGAUAUUCGAGCUGAGCUAGACUCAAAGUUCCACAGUUUUGCAGGAAAAGAAACAUUGAGAUGCCUAGCUUUAGCCCUGAAAUGGAUGCCUUUGAGUCAACAACGCCUUUCCUAUAAUGAUGAGAAAGAUCUUACAUUUAUUGGGUUGGUUGGAAUGCUUGAUCCACCAAGAGAUGAAGUAAGAAAUGCGAUGCUUUCAUGCAUGACCGCUGGCAUACGUGUUAUAGUUGUUACAGGGGAUAACAAGUCAACUGCUGAGUCACUUUGCCGCAAGAUAGGGGCUUUUGACCACUUCUUGGAAUUUAAUGAACAUUCUUAUACUGCUUCUGAGUUUGAAGAACUUCCAGCUCCGCAGCAAACUCUUGCUUUGCAACGUAUGGCUCUUUUUGCCAGGGUUGAGCCAUCUCAUAAAAGGAUGCUGGUUGAAGCAUUGCAGCACCAGAAUGAAGUGGUUGCUAUGACUGGAGACGGUGUCAAUGAUGCACCUGCACUGAAGAAGGCAGACAUAGGAAUUGCUAUGGGUUCAGGUACAGCUGUUGCCAAGAGUGCUUCAGACAUGGUACUGGCUGAUGAUAACUUUGCUACAAUUGUUGCGGCUGUGGCAGAGGGAAGGGCCAUAUACAACAAUACAAAGCAAUUCAUUAGAUACAUGAUCUCUUCUAAUAUUGGUGAAGUAGUCUGUAUAUUUGUGGCAGCUGUGCUUGGAAUUCCCGAUACCCUUGCCCCGGUCCAGCUGCUUUGGGUGAAUUUGGUUACUGAUGGAUUGCCUGCUACUGCUAUCGGCUUUAAUAAGCCAGAUUCUGAUGUAAUGAAGGCCAAACCUCGUAAGGUGAAUGAAGCAGUGGUUACAGGGUGGCUGUUCUUCCGUUAUCUAGUAAUUGGAGCUUAUGUUGGUCUUGCUACUAUUGCUGGUUUUAUUUGGUGGUUUGUUUCCUCUGACAGCGGCCCAAAACUGCCAUAUACUGAACUGAUGAAUUUUGACACUUGCCCAACAAGGCAGACAACUUUCCCAUGCAGUAUAUUUGAUGAUCGACACCCAUCUACUGUAGCAAUGACUGUGCUUGUCGUUGUUGAGAUGUUCAAUGCUUUGAACAAUCUUAGCGAAAAUCAAUCUCUUCUGGUUAUCCCUCCAUGGAGUAACUUAUGGCUUGUUGGUUCAAUAAUUCUUACCCUGCUUCUUCACAUGCUUAUUUUGUAUGUGCAUCCUCUCUCUGUUCUUUUCUCUGUAACACCAUUAUCCUGGGAUGACUGGUUGAUUGUCCUGUAUCUUUCAUUACCUGUUAUACUCAUUGAUGAGGUGCUAAAGUUAUUCUCCAGGCGUCCUAUUGGCCUGAGGUUCAGAUUAUGGUUCAGGAGGCCUGAUUUACUUCCAAAAAGAGAAUUGCGUGAUAAGUAAAAUUCGGAGUAUUACAUGUGUAAAUACUGCAUUUGCUUAUUCACUUGGCUAUACUGGAAGGGUAUUUAAAUCACCCACCUCUACUUAUGUGCAUGGCAGUCCAUGAGUUCCGAAAGUUACCAGCUUAGAGACAGUAUGACUUUGGUUUUGGUUUUGUUGUAUCGUCUAUAACUUUUGUCAUGAAAAUGCCAUGUGGUGUACAGGGCAAAAGUAGUGACUGGAGGUUGUUGUAUUUAUUUAUUCUCUCUUUUGGAGCCCGCAUUUAACCAGUUUUGAGGACUUUAAGUUGGAAAGGUAUCAUAUCAUUUGUAUAUCUUAAAAGAAGUUAUCUUUGAAUCUUCUCAAUGAAA